GUAUCUUGAUGCUGUUGUUGAUGCUGAAACAGGCAGAAUGGAGAGCCAAGCGUACAUAGAUAAUUUAGCAGCUCGGACCUGGCUGACUUGACCCUUGCUUUCUCCGCAAACAAAAACCCACACCAUUACAUCUCUCACCCCCACAUCCGCACACGUAGCAAACACAAUGUCAGGACCGAAACCGAUACCAUCCUUUGGAAAAGCGCUAGUUGUCGGUGGUUGUGGUUUCUUGGGCGGUCACAUCGUUUCUCUAAUUCUCAAACGUCACCCGGGAACCCAAAUAGCUGUUCUCGAUCUCCGAACGAGCUCCAAUCGCAAUGCCAGUCCCAGCGUUUCAUACCACGACGGCGACAUCACCGAUGCCACUACCAUGCAGUCGAUUUUCUCAAAAGUCAAACCAGACGUAGUGUUCCACACCGCUUCCCCACACUUCGAUGCGCCCACCACUGUACACGACAAGGUUAAUAUUGAGGGGACGGAUAUUCUCCUCAAAGCAGCACAGGAGUCAGGAGUCAAGGCUUUCGUGUAUACGAGCUCGGCGAGUCUGGUCAUAGAUUCUUCCAUGACGGUUGUGAACGCGGAUGAGACGUGGCCCCUGAUAACAGGAGCUGCGCAACCAGAACAUUACACCACCACAAAAGCUUAUGCGGAGACUGCGGUCCUGAGUGCCAAUCGCACACCUGCGGGCUUCCUCACAUGCGCGAUCCGCCCCGCGGGCAUAUUCGGUGAGGGUGACGUCCAACUCCUCCCACCAAUGAUUUCCGCUUGCCGCAAAGGUCAAAACAAGUUCCAAGUCGGCGACAACACAAACCUCUCCGACUUCACGUACGUGGAAAACGUUGUUUACGGCCAUCUCCUCGCUGCACAAGCCCUCCUCCAAACCCACAACAUCAUCCCUACGAUUCCAUUGGACAACGAGAAGGUCGACGGCGAGGCCUUCUUCAUCACGAACGGACAACCUGUCUACUUUUGGGAUUUCGCGCGCGCAGUGUGGCAUGCGGCUGGGGAUCGCAAGACGGCGAAGGAUGUGUGGACGCUAGACCGGGAUUUCGCCAUGGCGAUUGGUACGGUUUUGGAGAACGCGUGUUGGGUUUUGGGCAAGAAGCCAAACAUCAACAGGAAGCAGGUCCGCUACAGUACGAUGAAUAGGUACUACAACAUCGACAAGGCGAAGAAACGCUUGGGGUAUGAGCCGCUGGUGAGCUUGGAUGUAGGGAUCAAGAGAGGUGUCGCGCAGUUGGUGGAACAGGAGCAAAAGGCCAGUGAGAAGAAGGGCCAUCGAUCUUCGAGCUUGGCUCUUCGACCGUACACCUCCCACUUUAACUAUGGCACAUCAACAACUACCAUGGCACAACCUACGCUUCCCGCGUCCGCCUACGAAGCAUUGGACCUGCCACUCGAAACCUUGAAAAUCCUGACCACUCCCAAAUCCGCGAUCGAUGACUCCGCUGUAGCAGCGCCUAAUCUCCUACAGCACGAGGGCGACACCUCGGAACAAACUUCGCUCCCGCCUAACAAGACUUCCAUAAUACUAUACGCUGAGCUUCUGCUGCAUAUUCGAACUGUAACUCUGUAUGCCUCGCUGCGCACUUCCCAUACCCGUGAAACCAAGGCGAAGCUGUCCACCGAUGGGUACAGCAUUACAGUGACUCACGAGGGGGAAUCAGCCACGAUUCGUAUGCCCAUACAGGUGCAGGGCGGAGGCGACGCUGCUUUAUCACUGCCUGCACAACCCCCUAGCAAAGACUUGACAGUCCGGCUGCAGGUGAAAGAGAAAGAGGGCACCGAUUUACUUGGCACAUUGCAAACCGAAGAGCGAAAAGCAAACAUUGUACCGUGGGAUGGCGCUACGCUCAGUGGGUUGAAAACUGUCACAGUCUUCUGCAAGGCCUGUCGCAAUGAAUUGGUACCGCCGGAGAAGAUCAGAGAGUGGAGAGACCUGCCCAAUGAGAAUUGGGCGGAAAUGAUGGAUUUCUGGCAUUGCCAUAAACCCGAUGAGCACCACCUCCACGACCAAGCGCAUGAUGCUGCAAUGGAAAAGAAAGGCUACGCUGCUGGAAAUCGUCUCGAAGCCGCCCAUGGGCUCGCUUUUGUGGAUCUAUCAGGCUUCCUCUUGAAAGAGCAGGAUUGCCCCGGUAUCAAGAUGUUUCCUUCAGAAGGCAAUUCGUUAGUUUGCAAACAAUGCCACCAUAUCCUCGGUAUACCCGAUGCAAACACCCAAGGCUGGCGCGUCUGGAAAUGGUGCCUCAGCAUCGUGGGUAGUAGCAGUAGCAACGACGACAGCGACAGAGACCACGCCAUCACUCCUCAAAUAACAACAACGACAACAAUGACGUACAACGUGCAGAAGUGGAUAUCCGCACGCCUUCUCUUCCUUGCGGAAAACAUGGGUGUGCGCAAAUUUCACAUCUACUCAGAGUCCUCAACGUCCCCUUCACCAUCACAAACGCCAGUCCCAUCUCUCCUCAUAUGGCUCUUUACCCCGGAUCUUUUCUAUUCUUCCUCCAUCACUUCCACCUCUCACGCGGCAGGGACCACCCCCACGCGCGCACUCAAAAUCUUUUACAGGCACCAGACAUAUGCGCCGCCGCAGCCCGGGGACAUGGAGUCGACGUCCAUUGAAGACGUCGGUUUCCCUGCGCUGCUGUGGGAUGAGCUUAGAGAUGGGCUAGGGCGGAGCCAGAGGGUGCUGCCGGAGAGUGCUAGGGUGUUUCAGGGCUGGGAGGUUGGGCUGCUGGAAAGAUUCGAUGGAGGGGAUAUCAGUCAGUGAAGGUAUGUGAGAGGUUAGCUGUUUAUACCAAGAGGGACGGCUAGAUUGAAUGAAGAGUCGACACGUGCCUAUGGAUGGUCCAUGUUGGAGAGAGGCGCUCACGUUUCUUUUUGUAAGGCGAGGCCUCGUGAUGUACAAGCUCAACGAGUGCGCGAUGAUGGGAUUGGACAAAGGAGGGUAGAGGCGCUUCGCUUCGCACCGCAGUAGCCUGCCUUU